AUGUACCUCACACUGUACCACCUUUUCACCCGCCUCCUUGACUCCCUUCGCACUAUCAAGGACCAGUUUCUCGCCCUCUCCCCCACUGACCUCACUGUCGACCUCCUCGAGAAGGAACUCCUAGCAGCUGAGAAGAGCAUUGUAGCUGUAGGGGUCGGGGCCGCGUCUGCUCCUAGUGGGAGGCGCAAGGGCGGUAGGGGCAAGGGGGGCAGGGGUGGUGGAGGUGGAGGCAGGGGCGGCGGCGGUGGAGGGGGUGGGGGGGGUGGGGGUGGUGGCGGAGGUGGGAGUGGCGCGGGUGGUGGGGGGGUCAGUGGCGGCACAGGGGGUAGUGGCGGCGGCGGUGGUGGGGGUGGUGGGGGCGGUGGUGGCAGUGGUGGCGGCGGUGGAGCGGGUGGUGGGCGCGCGGUGGAGCGGUGCAGCGUGGGGGGUUCGGCGAUGGCCAGAGGCAGCACCAGCAGCAUCCCGGCGAGACUCCCUCGCCCCAGCAGCUCCGUGAGUGGUACUCUCAGCCGUGGGGGUCUGGGGGUGGAGGACGCGGGUGUUCACCAGUUCACCCCGGCCUACGAGCGUGUGACGCACUGCACGUGUGCCCGGACGGGUCGUCACCUGGCUACCUUUACUCGGCAGCCGGGGUCGGACUUGUACACACUGACCACUGAGUCCCCUAACGUAGCUGCGUCUGCGUCUGCGUCAGGUCAGCUGUCGGCCCCUGCUCGUGCGGCUCCCUGUCGCACAGGACUGUCCUCUGGCACCACCGCCUUGGUCAACCGUCAGUGCAGCGCCUUCGCGGCAUGCACUCCAGGUACCUUGUCUCUGGUCUUCCCAGAGUUCUUCCUCCCCUGCCACCCUCGCCUGCUCCUCCCUGUCUUCCCUGUGUCGAGGGGCGGCAGCGCGCCGCUCCUCACUCCUCCUCGUUCCCUCCCACAGAGGCUCCCCUGCAGACUCUCCACCUGGACGUGUGGGGCCCCGCCCGCGUCGGGGACAGGGCCACGAGCGGUACUUCUGCUGGUCUUCGACGACUACACGCGCUACACCACGGUCUUCCCUUGUGUACCAAGGACGUUCACUCUCCCGGCCUCUCCGCAGCAGAAUGGGGUUGCUGAGCGCCGCAUUGGUCUUGUCAUGGAGGUCGCUCGUACCUCCAUGAUCCAUGCGGCUGCCCCCUAUUUCCAGUGGGCGUUUGCAGUGCAGUACGCCGCGCAUCAGCUCAACCUCUGGCCCCGUGUCUCUAUCCCGGAGACCUCGCCUACCCUGCGUUGGACGGGGGAGGUUGGCGAUGCGUCGGUGUUCCGAGUGUGGGGAUGUCGAACCUUUGUCCGCGAUACGUCCGUGGACAAAAUCUCCUCCCGGGCUGUUCCCUGUGUCUUCCUAGGCUUUGUCCCUGACGCGCCUGGCUGGCGGUUUUACCACCCCACCUCGCGCCGUGUCUUCGCCUCUCAGGACGUCACCUUUGACGAGUCGGUACCCUUUUACCGUCUCUUCCCUACCGCACUGCCCCUCUCCCCCCCCCCGCCGCUCUUCCUCACCCCAGGUGUCCCGUCGGUAAACCCCCUCCCUCCCCAGGGUGCUGCUCCCUCAGGUGUUUCUAGCCUGGUGGUGCUGGGUCUGGGGGCACUGAGACUGGGGGUGCUGAGCCUGGGGGUGCGGAGACUAGGGGUGCUGAGCCUAUGGGUGCGGAGACUGGGGGUGCUGAGUCCGGGGUUGCGGAGACUUUGGGUGCUGAGCCUGGAGGUGCUGCGACUGGGGGUGGUGAGCUUGGGGGUGCUGAGAACUGGGGGUGCUGAGACUGGGGGGCUGAGCCUGGUGGCGCUCCCUCUUCACAGCAACUGCGUGAGUGGUACUCCCAGCGCUACAGCCUCCGUCCUGGGGCUACUGGAGCUGGGGGGUCUGCUGGAGUCGGGGCUGGUGGCCCCUCAGGUGCAGUGCCGCAGCCAGAGCCUCCCUCCCCUCAGCGGCUACGUCAGUGGUACGCUCGGCGCUGCAGCCUCAGGAGUGGAGCUCCUGGUGUUGAGGUACCGCCAGCUGGAGGCCCUGCUGCUGGAGGUACUGCUGGUGCUGGUGCUGCUGGAGGUGCUGCUGGUGCUGCUGGAGGUCCUAGAGCUGCUGGAGGUGCUGCUGGUGCUGCCGGAGGUCCUGGAGCGGCUGUAG